AUGGCGACCAACAUUGCGUUUGCCAAAAAAGUUGUAAUUUCUGGAUGUAAUUUUUCGUCUUUACUACAAAGACAGACUAUUGCCUUAUCAUCUUUAUGGCUAACAAAAUCAGCUAGUUUUAGCUCUCUGGCAAAGGAUACUAAAAACAAGAUAGCAAAUGGCCCUGGUCUYGAGGAAUUCAUAUCUGGUACUGUUGAAAAUCCAUACAGGCGAAAAAAAGGAGAAAGACUUCGACUACCUCCAUGGUUAAAGACUGAAAUUCCUAUUGGCAAAAACUAUUCAAAGUUAAAGAAGACAUUAAGAGAGCUCAAUUUAAGCACAGUUUGUGAAGAAGCAAAGUGUCCAAAUAUUGGUGAAUGUUGGGGAGGUGGCGAAGAAGGCACUGCAACUGCUACAAUUAUGGUAAUGGGUGAUCAGUGCACCAGAGGCUGUAGAUUUUGUUCAGUUAAAACAAAUAAAAAGCCUCCAGCACUUGAUCCAAUGGAACCAAUGAACACAGCAGAAGCUAUAAGCAGAUGGAACCUGGAUUACAUUGUUAUCACUUCAGUUGACAGAGAUGAUMUUCCAGAUGGAGGAGCUUCUCAUUUUGCAGAGACUGUCAGACAGAUAAAGAAAAGGACACCAUCAAUGAUGGUGGAAUGUCUAACUCCAGAUUUCCGUGGUAACCAUGAGUGUAUCAAGGAAGUAGCAGAGUCUGGCCUUGAUGUUUAUGCACACAAUGUUGAGACAGUAGAAAGACUACAGCUACUUGCAAGAGAUCCAAGAGCCAAUUAUGAGCAGUCUCUAGAAGUCUUGAAGCAUGUUAAGAGGGUACAACCAAAUAUGGUCACCAAAACAUCAUUAAUGCUGGGAAUGGGAGAGACUGAUGAAGAAGUGUUGCAAACCAUGAAAGAUAUACGUGCUGCUGGAGUUGAUUGUUUGACUCUUGGACAGUACAUGAGACCAACUAAGAAUCAUCUCAAGGUUACAGAAUACAUAACCCCAGAAAAGUUCAAACAUUGGGAAACUGUUGGUAACGAACUAGGUUUUGCAUAUACUGCAAGUGGUCCAUUGGUUAGAUCUUCAUACAAAGCAGGUAAGUAGGGCUGACUUUGCAUU